AUGGCAAUCACCAAGACUAUCAUGGGUCUAGCCCUCCUCGCCAUCUCUGUCCAUGCACAGAACCCAGUCUGUCUCGACUCCGGCCGAGGUGGCAGCGCCUACAACAAGGCGCAGACGAUUCAAGUCCCUGACGGUCGUGUGCUUUCCUUCUGCUACAACUCUGGCUCUGGCGCUACGAUUGAUCAGAACUGGGUUACCGACAUUGAUGCUAUGCUACAGCGCCGUGUUGACGGAGGAGCAUGCUGUAUCGACUGCCUUCCUACCGCGGAGGAGAACGGCUGCACGGGGAAAUCAAAGAUCUGGAACAUCGACAAUUGUGAUAUCGGCGAUAAGCCGACUGGAUUGGACCAAUACUCUAAAGAUGUCUUCAUGGAUCUUAUCAAAGGUCUCGCAGACGAGGGUCGAACUAUUGCAGCGCUGGAGAAUAAUCUUGUCACGUUGACUAUUGAUACUGCCGACCACUUUCGCGAGCAGGAGUUCACCAUCAACGGCGAUGGAGACACUUGCUAG